GGCAAUGUGAUAAUUAUUUCAUUUUCCCAGGGGAUUCUUCUUCACAAUUCAAAGGAUGGAAAUGGAUUGCACACUAUUUAUUACAAUGGUAACUGCGUUUGUUCUGCUUACAGUAUCAACGGAAUAUGUGUAUUUACUUGAUGACAAAGAAUGCAAAGAAUCAAAACAAACUGCAGUACAUGUAGACACUUGCCCAAAAUCAGCUGAGGACUGGAAAGAAGCAGCAUCAAGGAAAGGCUGCCAAAACAUUAAGUUUUCUGAAAAUUGUACCUCAUUUGAAUACCACUGUGUUAUAAAUGCUUGGAUCAAUGAAACGGUAGAAGUGUGUGCACCGAUUCGAAAUAUAAUUGGAAAUGUGUGCGCAGAAUUCAGUUUCGGUGGAUCCAGAAUACAGAGCAACUAUAAUGCAACAUGUCAAAGUUGUCCAGAAGUUUAUUUAUCUAACAAGAGCUAUAAUUAUUCUGAGUGCUACGACUUAGUUUACACAGCACGUAACAGAAGCAGAUAUUUAGCCAUUACUACGCCAUCCACUGUGGAAACCACUAUUAAAACAGAAAGUAUAAAACCAACAGCAUCAUUGAAUCAGAAACUGAAGUCAAACCAUCAAGAACGAAGCUGGGAGCUGGAUACCAAGCUUAUCAUCCCUAUCAGCUUUGGUAUUGUUGCAGUUAUAGUUUUUAUUCUCAUAUGUUUGGCACAUUGUUCAACGAAAGAACAUUUCUUUAUAAGAGAUUUCAUGUUACAGAGGUGUAGCUUUAGGGCAAAACAAAAACGAUCCAACCCAAAAGAAAGCACGAAUAAGGACAUUGAAAACACACCACUAAAAGAAGAACCUACAGAACAUUGUUUGAUUUACGUAGAAGCGUCGUCAAAAGACCAAUAACUUAGUGUCACAUGCAAUGUCUGAUCCACAUGUUGUAUGUCCACAUCUGUUAUUGAUAAAGAUUCGAUAAAAUGGCAGCUAAUGAUGUGUUGUGUUGCAUUUAUUAUCUACAUGAACACACUGUUAUAUACCAUAUUUACACUCAAAUAUCUAAAUGACUAGUAUUUGUAUUUUUUAAUUGUGCCGAACUAUAUUCAAUAAAAAAUAUGACCUUUUGUAUUAUAUUGGUAUUUCAACUUUCUUCAUGCUAUCGUAUAGUGGGUUUGUUAAGCGGAAGUAAAGCUUGACGUUUUACUUUCUAAAAGAUGUGCAAAUGAUUUUGUGAAACUUU